AUGGUCAAACCAAGUAAGUUUUUGGAUAUCCAAAGAUACAAGCUAUCGCCUAAUAGUUUCCAGGAAAGAAGUCCAAGCGGGUUCCUGUUCGUCUCCGCCAUAAAAUCGAGAAGCGCUCUAACGAGAAGGCCCGCAAGGAACGGAAGGAAGCCAAAAAGCAUCCGGAACUCCACCGAAAAAAGAAGAACGACAAACUCAAUAUUCCGAAUAGUUUUCCGUAUAAGGAUCGCCUACUUUCCGAAAUUGAAGAGGGGAGGCGGCUGAAAGAAGAGGAGCAAUUGCGAAGAAGAGAACUGGCAAAGCAGAGGAAGGAGUUGGCGGAUGGGGCGGAGAGCGGAGAGGAUGCUAUGCAGAUUCUGGAAGACGGUGACGAAAGCCCGAGCGAGUCUUAUAGUGAUUCUAUGGAUGAAGAUGAUGUUGAUGCUGGAGUAUGUCCUACCAUGUGUGACGAGUGCUCAAAUCCCCCUUUGAACGGAUUAUUAAAUAAGUAUAGACCGGAGGUUCCGCAAUGGCGGCCCUCCUGGCCUCAGCACGAGCGAGAGCCGCAGAAUAUGAAGCCGCACACGGUGGCCCCAGCAAUAAAUCUGAUGACGACUCAGACUCAGAAAUUGGCAUUCCAGAUCUCGAAGCCCGGAGCACUCGAAAAGAUACCUCGCGGAAAGCCUUCGACAAGAUGUUCAAGCAAGUGAUCGAUGCUGCUGACGUGGUUCUCUAUGUCCUGGACGCCCGGGACCCCGAGGGCACCCGUUCUCGUGAUGUGGAAAGGCAAAUAACGGCGGCUGAUGGCGGCGAGAAACGACUAAUCCUUAUCUUGAACAAGAUCGAUCUCGUGCCAGCAACCGUGUUGAAAGGGUGGUUGGAUUAUCUCUGUAGAUACUUCCCGACGCUGCCGCUAAGGGCGAGUGGGUCUGCUCCGAAUGCUCAGACGUUCGACCACAAAUCCUUGACGGUACAGGGCACCUCGGAUACUCUUCUGAAGGCUCUGAAAUCAUUUGCACAUGCCAAACAGCUCAAGCGGUCAGUGUCAGUGGGUGUGAUUGGAUACCCCAAUGUUGGAAAAUCAUCAGUUAUCAACGCCCUUACCUGCCGUCUCGGUGGCUCACAAACCGCCUGUCCCAUAGGUGCUGAAGCUGGCGUCACCACUAGCUUGCGAGAAGUCAAGUUAGACAAAAAGCUUAAGCUACUAGACUCUCCUGGUAUCGUCUUUCCCGGUAGCAAUAGUCAGGGCGGUUCAAAAGACGACCAGGCACGCCUCAUCCUCCUAAAUGCCGUUCCACCAAAGCAAAUCCUCGACCCGGUACCCGCAGUUGCCCUUCUCAUCCGUCGGCUAUCCACAUCCCAACCCCUCUUCAACAAACUCCUCGACCUUUACAACCUCCCUCCCCUUGUUGACACUACUGUCACGGAUGUCACAACAGACUUCCUAGUCCAGGUUGCACGAAAGCGUGGACGGCUGGGUAAAGGGGGUGUCCCCAACAUCGAAGCAGCAGCAAAGGCCGUUAUAAUGGAUUGGAGGGAUGGAAGAAUUCAAGGCUGGGUUGA